AUGCACAAACUCUUUCCUCUCUUGCUAUUAAUUCUUAUUGUUGCUGCAUGUUCACAUGUGGUCAACUGUAGCGUUUGUCCAAAAGGUUAUUUUGCAACUCAAAACAUUGAACAAAUAUGUCAUGUUUGUGACUAUGGCACCUAUUGUCCAGGUGAUGACCAUAGUUAUGUUUGUCAAGAUGGAGCCAUUGCUCCACAACAAGGUCAAUCCACUUGUAAUACAUGUGAUUCUGGCAGAUCCAAUUCUGCACGUAUUUUGUGUUUAUUGAAGGGAACUCCAAGUGAUGCCAUUGAAAUAUUCACCGAUAGAUAUGGUUCUCCAACUCCAUUCAUUGUUUCCAAGUCAACUUUUGUUUACACGACACUUUCCAUGCCCUAUUCCACUAAUUUGAAUUACACUCUACAAAUAACAUUUAAUGGACCAGAUAUGGACUCACAAUUGUUGCUUUAUGCCAGUACAAAGACGGGAUCACCAUCUGCUGCAAAUUAUGAAUUCUUUGGAAAUGGAUUGAAUGCAACUCUUUCAUUACCUCAAUCCAUUGGAAGUCAAUUCAUCAUUUACUUUAAUUUGCAAGCUCCUUCUUCUCAAUUCAGACUCAAAUACUAUGCAAAGAGUUUCCUUUCUUAUCCAUAUGUUAAUGAUAUUAACAGUGGCCACUUUGAAAUGUAUCAUCCUUUCAUUUUCCAAAAUUGGAUGACUUUCAAAAAGGAUAAUGUUCCAGAAGGUACAACCAUUGGUGUCAAGGUCAGAUUGUUAAAUGAUCCUUCACUUGGUAAUAAUAAUCAACCUGUUGACAUUUUGUACUCUUCCAAUCCAUUUAUUGUUAAUCUCAAUCCAAAUAAUGCAAAUUUGGUUGUGAGAGGAACAGAUAAUCAAUACAUUACUGCUGUAUUCAAGCAAACCAAAAGUGGUCCUUUUGUGUUUGGAAUUGUUGCUGAAUUUUAUUUGAGAACUGUUCAAGUUGACUUGUAUUAA